AUGACGUCCUCUGCCUUCUUGACCCAACAAGACGGCAAGGUAGUGGAUGAGUUCCGGCAGCACGACGGCGUGGUGACGGUGCGCCAUUGGUAUUACCAAUUUUUACCGCGCACCCUAAAAGAUGCGCCAUUGCUAAUCCCCAAUCCCCGAUCCCCGAUCUCACACCUCCCUCAGCCCUCGAUCGACCUGCUGCCCCCGACCUGCGCCGCCGCCUCGACUCACUGCGCCGCCGCCCCUACCUGCGCCGCCGCCCAGACCCACUGCGCCGCCCCAACCCACUGCGCCGCCGCAUCUCCAGCGCCUUCUUCUCCACCAACCCCCCCUUCUUCUCCACUGCCAUUGGAGGGUUUCUCCCACUCGCGUGAGCACAGCGGAGGCACCCGUGCUCCUCUCGCGCAUCAGAUCCCGCGUGCCGCCUCAUCUUCAUCGCCGGCGAGCAGCACCUGCAGUCUCCGCCGCCUCGAGGUCACCGCCGUUGUGCAACCGAGCCGCAGGAGCUCUCACUCGACCUCAUCGACGACGCUGCUCUCCGGAUCUGACCACCGCGAGCUGCUGCGAGCCGUCCUUGCGAGCUGCUGUGGGAGCACCGUGGGAAGGGUUUCUGUUGCUGCCCUCGACAUCAUCAGCUCGUGCAUAGAGAUGCCGUCGUAUGUCGUAUACAAGGGUAGGGUUCCCGGAGUCUACGACGACUGGGAGGAGUGUCAGAGACAGGUUCACCGUUUCAACGGUAACAGUUACAAGGGUACACCACUAGGGCGGAGGCGGAAGCUAGAUACGCGCGCUAUCUAGCGGGAGAGAGGAGGGAGCGGAGGAGGAACCGGAUGAAGACCAGUUUCAUCGCGAUGAUGGUCAUCGUGACCGCAGCUCUCUUCUAUGUCAUGGUAGUUUAGAUGAUCGAUAUCGACUUUGUAAUGUGACGACAAACUCGGCUAAUAUGAUGAACUUUGCUAAUGUCUCGAGACCUAAACUUGGCUAAUGUUUGAACUUUGUUCGCUAUUUCGAAUUUGGAGACUAAUAUGAUGAAUUCUAUUGUGUGAUGUUUA